UUUUGUCUCAGACAGUUUUACGCAUGGCCUACAGUCUUACAAAGAUCGGUGAAGCCGGAACAUUGAAAUAUUGUUUGUUUUUCAAGAAAAACAACACGCCAAUUUCCCCGUUCCAUGAUAUACCAUUAUGGGCAGACAAAAAUGCUGGUAUUGCAAACAUGGUUGUUGAAAUUCCGCGUGGGCAGCAAGCAAAACUAGAGAUAUCUCGUGAUAUUUUUUUGAACCCAAUCAAGCAGGACGUAAAAAAUGGAAAAUUGCGCUAUGUGGCCAUGAAGUAUCCGUUCAACUAUGGGGCAUUGCCCCAGACUUGGGAAAACCCUUGUAUUUUACACCCUGAUACGAAUGCAUCUGGAGACAAUGAUCCCGUCGAUGUUUGCAACAUUUCUUCCCUCCAGUAUAAUACUGGUGAUGUCAUUCAGGUAAAAAUUCUUGGAACCUACGCCAUGAUUGACGAGGGAGAAACAGACUGGAAAAUUUUGGCAGUUGACGUUAACGACGAAAAGGCAUCCCAAAUGAACGACGUCGAGGAUAUUGAUAAGGUGAUACCCGGAACCACAAAGGCGGUUUACGAGUUUUUGCGCGAUUAUAAAAUACCCGAUGGAAAACCGGCGAACGUGUUCGCAUUUGAAUCAAAGCCGCAGAACCGAGAUUAUGCGAUAAAAGUGAUUGAAGAGGCCCAUAAGGAAUGGGUUGAAAUCAUUCAAGACAAAAUUUCCUCUGAAACAAAAAACAAAGUCAAAAUCAGCACUGCUUGCACGCAGGUGGAAUGUCCUUUUACCGUCAAAAAUAUUUCUGAAGAGGUUUUAGAAUCCAAGAUUUAAGAUGACCCGCACCCACGUUGCCUAGACAACUUAUUUCCCAACUUUUAUUCUAUAGAGAAAGGAAUAUAUACACGAUUGUAUGCGAUUUACGCUAGCCGUUUAAAUAAAGGACAACUCUUUAUUUUUUCA